GGUCCAAACCCGCAAUCAUGGCGCAGGAAGGGGAGGAUGUUACAGAUUACAAUUUGACUGAGGAACAGAAGGCGAUCAAGGCCAAGUAUCCUCCAGUCAAUCGGAAGUACGCGUAUUUGGAUCAUACAGCUGAUGUCCAGUUACACGCAUGGGGAGAUACUCUGAAGGAAGCAUUUGAGCAACGUGCGAUGGACAUGUUUGGUUAUAUGAUAGAUACUGGGACAGUGGAGCCCCUCCAAACAGUAGAAGUAGAAACCCAAGGAGAUGACUUACAGUCUCUUCUAUUUCACUUUUUGGAUGCGUGUCUUUAUAAAUUCAGUGCUGAUGAGUUCUUCAUACCCCGGGAAAUGAAAGUACUUAAUAUUGAUCAAAGAAAUUUCAAAUUACGGUCAGUUGGGUGGGGAGAAGAAUUCUCAUCGUCCAAUCACCCUCAGGGAACUGAAGUCAAGGCAAUAACAUAUUCAGCAAUGCAGGUCUAUAAUGAAGAGAAGCCAGAAGUUUUUGUGAUCAUUGACAUUUAAGAUACAAAAAAAAAGAGACUCCUACAAAGAACUGUUUUUUUCUCUUCCUUUUGAGAA